AUGGGAAUGGCAACUCCUAACACCGUGGCCGCCAUGCUGUACCUGAGCAUGUGCGCGACCCGCCAUGCGAAGAGUGCUACGGCCGCUACCGAGCAUCUGGAUCACGCUAUCGAUCUUGCCACGAGCAUAGAGCUGUUUGGCAUUGCCGACGAGGGCAUGUCCGAGAGAUGGCCAGACGGAGCGACCGACUUUCUCUGGGAGAAAUCACUGACACAAACGGCCUGA